AAAAAAACCUUGUCUGGGUGAUGCCUUUCCAUGCAGGUACUUAACAUGUUCUGAUGCAACCGGAGCUGCAAGUCUCCCGACUGCACAAAGGUGAGACUGCUUAAUAAUGCAGUAUCAUACAACGUGGUCAUCUUUCCCCAUAUUGAUGUCUGUGCCCAUGUCCACGGGAUGUUGCAUUGCCUGGAUCGUAUAUUUUAUAGAUGACCUAUAGCUAAGCGAAUUAUCGCCAUUAACCAGUAUGACAGCUUCGCAAGGGUCUGAAGCUGAACUGCUUCAGUGGUCAAAGUACUAUUAUGUUGCAUUAACAUCGUUUUGGAUAUACGACUUCAUACUUUGUAUACCUGACUCGGUCGCUUUUAUUCUAGAUUCUCGGCGCGGGCUCGGCACAUUGAUUUAUCUCAAAUGCAGUCUCUAUCCGUCUGUAUUCAUGCUACUGAAUAUGCUUGUGACUUUUCUGCCUAGUGGCUCAUACACUCUUUGUCGUUGGAUAUAUAUAACAAACAUAUUUGUAGGGUUUAUGACGAUGCUUUAUGCCGAGUGCAUCUUCAUACUUAGAAAAAUUGCAGUAUGGGAGCGGGAGAGAAAUUUCAUGGUGUUCACAAUCAUCAAUAUCAUUGCCAUCGUACUUCCGAUCGUGGUCUGCUUCUUUCAAGAAAUCGUUCCGUCAAUGGGAGAUUGUCCGAUCCCUGGGGGCGUCAGAUAUGUGGAUACGAAGGCAAAGUAUUCAGUGAUUGCCGUGUACUGCUUGCUAGUUGUUGGCGAGUUAGAAUUAUUGCUGUUCGUGCUGUAUCGCGCCUUCAAGAGCCAUGGUGGUUGGAAGAUCAAAAACCGUCUUAUGCGUAGUCUCAUGCAUCAUAAUUUAUUGUACUUUAUCUGCAGCUUCGCUUUCUCUCUUGGUGUCAUCCUCGCCGCAAUCUUUCUUCCGUUUUUGGUGUUGCACAUGAUUGCGGAGACUCAGGUCGUUGUUCUAUCUCUCUUAGUCACACGGAUGCACAGGGACUUCUGGAGAUCAGAUCGUGUUUCUUGUGGUGACGAUGGAGUGGAUAUCUCUCUCUCAGCGUUCAUGGCAGCAACCCCAGAUGUCGCAUUUUUAGAAAAUACUAGUAGACCUGAUCCCAGCGAUGCAUAGUGCACAUAGGUGGACGCUUAAAGGCAUCGUAUUAUGCCUACGGACUACGGACUAAUUCAAUGUUUUGAGACCCAAUACAUGAUUCCACUAUUUAGUAUGCAGUUCGUCUCCUGGCUCUGUUCCAUCAGGAAAACGUCUGGAUACUUACAUCACUCUUAAAGUGCCUUAUUUAGCUUAUUUACGACUUUAAACAUUGCUUGAAAUAAGACUAUUAAGUAGGUCUAUCUCCUUAAAAUAAGGCCAAAUGGCAUUCAAGGC